AUGAUCGACCACGGUUCAUUCGCCGAUCCGUGCAACUAUCAGGGCCUGGCCCACCUUCUGCAACAUAUGGUAUUCAUGGGCAGCACGCCAGAUUCGGCGGAGAAUGUCUUCUUUGCGCAUGUGGAAAAAAACGGCGGCGAAUGCUCCUCAUCAAUCUUCAGCGAGGACACGCUUUUCUCGUUUACUGUGCCCGAUGAACACUUGGAUUCGAGUUUAGAAUACUUAAUGUUCUCUCUGAAGCAUCCGUUGAUGCUGCAGGAGACGAUGGAACGUGCCCGCGCUCUCGUGGACUCUGAGUUUCAGCAGAAGGUGCAAAAAGAUGUAUUGCGUCGCAACCAGCUGCUCGCCAGUCUGGCCACCGAUGGCUAUCCGCAUGGCUCCUUUAACUGGGGUAACAUGAAAUCGCUUAAGGAUAAAGUCGAUGACAGUGCCCUGCACAGAGCCCUUCACGAUGCCUGGCGCGAUAACUAUGCGGCCAAUCGCAUGUACGUGUGCCUGCAGGGUAUCAUGCCUAUCGAUGUGCUAGAGAACAUGGUGGUACGCCACUUUUCCAAGCUACUCCGCAAUGACAUCAAAGCGCCCGACCUGACCAAGUUCGAUUACCGCAACGCCUUCCGUCCGGCGUUCCACGAGCAAGUCUUCCUCGUGAAGGCCGUGGAGAAAUGGCGCAAGUUUGAGCUAACCUGGGUGCUUCCUAACAUGCGUCAGUACUAUCACAGCAAUCCGGAUAAGUUACUCUCCUACCUGAUCGAGUACAAGGGAAACGGUAGUCUCUACGCAUACCUAGAGCGCCGCCACUGGGCCCACUAUCUCCAUGCUGGCAUAGACGAGACCGGCUUCAAUCUACACUCAAUGCACUCAUUUUUUAAAGUGGACAUUGGCCUCACCGACGAGGGAUUCCAGCACAUCGAUCAGGUUCUGUCCGCCACCUUUGCCUAUUUGAAGGUCUUCUCCAACUGUUCCAGUGGUUCCUUGCGUCAGUUGUACGAACAGCAGCAGAAGAGUAAGGUCGCAGAGUUUCGUCUCCCUGACCGUAUCGAUAAACACGAUGUCGAUGAACUGGUCUUCAAAAGCAAAUACUAUCCCCCCAAGGAUAUACUCACCGCCAGGGAGCUCUACUUCGACACCGACGAGCAGCACCUGUCCGUACUGAUCAGUACCUGA